AUGGCUAACUUCUUUGUAGCUUUGUGGGAGAGCAUUUUCCAGCCGGGGACAACUCCUCAACUCAUUAUAGCUACACAUGUCUCGUUCUUCGCUUUGUUGUGCACUUUGGCAUGGUUGAUUUACGCUACAUCAGGUAAUAUCCAUUUCUACGCAUUGUUUGCAAUUGCAUCUUGUUUAUGGAUAGCUGUGAUAUGGUUUAUUCAGGAAUUGAACAGCGCUAAUCUCAUGGACAACAAGCAACUCGAAGAGCCGGAGAAAGAAACGGGGGAAAAACGGAAGAAGUUAAGGAGCAACCAAGAUCUUCGACUGUCAGAUCGAGGAAAGUUUAAGUAG